GGGCACUACUGAAAUUCUCGGCAAUAUGCACCUGCUAAAAAUCAAAAAGAAAGUUGAACACGAAAAGCACAACCGCAUUAAUUUAGAUUAUGAUUUUACGCUGCUGCAGCUGCAGGAACCAAUUGAAUUCGAUGAGACCAAGCAGCCUGUUAAGCUGCCGAAGCAGGGCCAAGAGUUUGAGGACGGUGAAAUGUGUUAUGUUAGCGGCUGGGGCGACACACGGAAUACUGAGGAGUCAGACGAGUUCUUGCGACAGGUGCAAGUGCCGCUGGUCAACCAGGAGGAGUGCAACAAGAAAUACAAUCGAUAUAACGGUGUGACAGAUAGCAUGAUCUGUGCUGGCUAUCCGGAAGGUGGCAAGGAUUCCUGUAAGGGCGAUUCUGGUGGUCCCUUGGUAAAUGGGGACGGCGUGUUAGUGGGCGUGGUGUCUUGGGGCCAUGGAUGCGGCGUAUCCAACUAUCCGGGCGUGUACGGUAGAGUAUCCCAUGUUCGUGAAUGGAUCAGGGAGCACACCGGUGUUUGAUUAGCUAACUGAGUGAAUAAAUGAUCUGAGUAUGCAGCCAUA